CGAGCUGCGGUGGCGCUGCGGGCUGAGGGUACUGCGCUCCGAGCCUCUGGCCACAGGAGCGCCAAGGAUCGUGCGAGCGCCGCACCUGCGGGCCCAGUUGUCGGGCUGUCGCAGAGCGGGGACCGCCCUACUAGGAGCUGCCGCUGACAUGAGUGCAGUGUCGCAGCCCCAGGCUGCUCAUGACCCCCUGGAGAAGCCAGCCAGCACAGCGAUCCUGUGCAGCACCUGUGGGAAUGUGUGCAAGGGUGAGGUGCUGCGCGUGCAGAACAAGUACUUCCACAUUAGGUGCUUCGUGUGCAAAGCGUGUGGCUGUGACCUGGCCGAGGGUGGCUUCUUCGUACGACAGGGUGAACACAUCUGCACACGUGACUACCAGCGGCUCUAUGGCACUCGUUGCUUCAGCUGUGAUCGCUUCAUUGAAGGAGAAGUGGUGUCAGCACUUGGCAAAACCUAUCACCCUGACUGCUUCGUGUGCGCUGUGUGCAGGUUGCCAUUUCCUCCUGGGGAUCGUGUGACCUUCAAUGGGAAGGAGUGUGUGUGCCAGAAGUGUUCCCCGCCCACGACGCUGGGAAGUAGUGCUCACCUGGCCCAAGGCCUCCGGAGUUGUGGGGGCUGUGGCUUAGAAAUCAAGAAUGGCCAGGCCCUGGUGGCUUUGGACAAGCACUGGCACCUGGGCUGCUUCAAGUGCAAGACUUGUGGGAAACUCCUCAAUGCAGAGUACAUCAGCAAGGAUGGGCUGCCCUACUGCGAGGCUGAUUACCACACCAAGUUUGGCAUCCGCUGCGAUGGCUGUGAGAAGUACAUCACAGGCCGCGUGCUGGAGGCCGGGGAGAAGCACUACCACCCUUCAUGCGCGCUAUGCAUCAGAUGCGGCCAGAUGUUCUCAGAGGGCGAGGAGAUGUACCUGCAAGGCUCCUCUAUCUGGCACCCGGCAUGUCGGCAAGCAGCCAGGACUGAAGACAAGAGCAAGAUGCACAGCUCUGUUUGCAGCCAGCCCUGCCCGGGCACCCUGCCCUGUGCCUUACAGGAAACCAGGACUUCCUCAGAGAGCAUUGUCUCCGUGCCUGCAUCCAGCACGUCGGGGUCCCCAAGCCGUGUGAUCUACGCGAAGCUUGGCGAUGAGAUCCUGGACUACAGGGACUUGGCUGCUCUUCCCAAAAACAAAGCAAUCUAUAACAUUGACCGGCCCGACAUGAUCUCCUACUCACCCUACAUUAGCCACUCGGCCAUUGGGGACAGGCAGAGCUAUGGCGAGGGGGAUCAGGAUGAUCGGUCCUACAAGCAGUGCCGGACCUCCAGCCCCAGCUCUGCUGGCUCCGUCAGCCUCGGGCACUACACCCCAACAUCACGGUCACCCCAGCACUACAGUCGCCCAGCUGGUACUGUGAGUGUUGGUACCAGUAGCUGUCUGUCCCUGUCCCAACACCCAAGCCCUACAUCCGUGUUCAGACAUCAUUACAUCCCCUACUUCCGAGGCAGCGAAAGUGGCCGUAGCACCCCAAGUCUCUCGGUGCUCUCCGACAGCAGGCCUCCUUCCUCUACCUAUCAGCAGGCGCCACGCCACUUCCACAUCCCAGACACUGGCGUAAAAGAUAACAUCUAUAGGAAGCCCCCUAUCUACAAACAGCACGCCACCAGGCGAUUGGAGGUGGAGGACGGCACUUUUGAUCAGGACAGCAGGAAGAAGACUACCUGGCUGCUCCUCAAAGGGGAUGCAGACACCAGAACAAAUUCUCCAGACCUGGACAGCCAAUCUCUGUCCCUCAGCAGCGGGGCUGAGCGGGAGCCUCUGCCGAGGAUGCCUGGGGACGGCCUCUACUCACAAUGCCAACCUGGCCCCUUGUGGAGCAGACCCGGAUGCCAGCUGGGGCACGCGAGAGUACAAGGUAAGGGGCCUCCUGCACUACUGACCUCACCCACCGCGCUGUACCUGCCCAGGUUAAAAGUUCCUUUUUGUUGCAUUUUCUCUAUGAGAUGUGCAUGUCCACAACCCACACACAUAUACCCAUAUGACUCCCUCAUCGUAACCAACCGAAUCCGGGUGAAACUGCCCAAAGAUGUGGACCGGACGAGGCUGGAGAGACACCUGUCACCUGAGGAGUUCCAAGAAGUGUUUGGGAUGAGCAUCGAAGAGUUUGACCGCCUGGCCCUGUGGAAGAGGAAUGACCUAAAGAAGAAAGCCCUGCUCUUCUGACAGCCGCCAGCGUCUUUCCAGGAGCCCGUUGGGGGGCAGAGCCGAAGGACCCCACUGCCCCUCUCCCAGAUCCCCCUCCUGCACUUUUCCUCUGCUUCUCUGUGUCAGUGAGGCAGGCGGGUGCCUGAGGGAGGCAGGGUGGGGCCAGGCCCCGAGGAGCAUCCAGCAGGCAUGGUACCUUCUGCAGCAAGGAUACUCCCCCCUGUAGUUUAGGGCCAGGUGCCAGCUUGACUCGCUCCUUUCCGCCACAACCUGAGAUCAGGGCAAUGCCGCAGCCAGCUAUCGUAGGAGAUGGGCCAGAGCAUUCGGCCAGCCCAGCACCUUCCCAGUGCCCUGGGGUGCGGUGUGACCACGCCUGUGCUAGGCACUUGGGCAAAGAUGUGUCCAGGAGGCGGGUGAAAGGCUCGCCAGUGCCAGACCCUGACACAGCAGGGGUGGUAAGCGUGAGACUCCUCAGAGCAUGAACAGGAUGCAGGCGGGCUGAGGCAGGGGAGCCAGGCCCAUGUCCGAGAGGCAGUGGGACUGUGAUGUUUUGCCAUUAUUGUGAUGGAUCUUUUCUGGGGAAUGAAUGUCGACCUGACAGGGUGCCCCCAACUAGUGCUCUGUGUACUGUGCCCUUCCAAAUCACCCCCUUAGUUGCCUAAAUGAUAUCUUUCAAGUUCCACAGAAGUUUUUAUUUUAUUAAAAAGUAUCGCUUCCUUACACAUAAGAAGACAUAUAUGCAGAGUUUAGUUUUACGGUCCCUCUGAAGAGGAUUGCCUCCGCCUUACACCCCCCCACUGUGCAGGCCUCUGUGCUUCCAGUCCUCCGCGUUCCUCAGAGGCAGGAGCCCAUCUGUUUCCCUUCGUCCCUGCUCCUUUGUAUGUAUCACACAGACCGCCUCAAAGACAGACUCGCUCAGUAGUGCCGUUUGUAAAUACAUGUGAAGUGUA